GUGAAAACCAACAUAAAACUCAUAGAAGAUCAUAUGAGUCGAUGAAUAACUGUAAACAGUUUUGUACAGUCACUGGAUUUUGGUAUUAUACUGAAACGUCGCUACUCUCAUAGUCAGGGUCGCAGUUACUUACCUAUUCUUACCCGAGGAAUAACGAAGAUGGGAACAGCGCUGAUUUAUGAUGACGAGAUGACCAAGUACAAACUGCUCUGGGUUGAUCCAACUUGUAAGAUUGAGGUGCCUGAGCGUCUGACUGUGAGUCAUGAGACUUUGGUCAGGACUGGCCUGGCUGAUCGCUGCGUCUCCGUACCUGUCCGUGAGGCCACGGACGCAGAAAUUCUUCUGGCUCACAGUGAAGAAUACCUGGAAGCGGUGAAGAAGACUCCUUACAUGAGUCUGGAGGACCUUAUGGAGUUCACUCGUCAGUACGGUGAUGUCUACUUCCACCCAAACAUCUACCACUGUGCCAAGCUUGCUGCUGGUGCUGCGCUGCAGCUGGUAGACAGUGUUAUGACAGGGAAGGUGAGGAAUGGCAUGGCUUUAGUCAGACCACCAGGACACCACAGUAUGCACAAUGCUGCUAAUGGUUUCUGUGUGUUCAACAAUGUGGCUAUUGCGGCUCGAUAUGCUAAGCAGAAAUACGGAGUCCAAAGGGUGUUGAUAGUUGACUGGGAUAUACAUCACGGUCAGGGGGUGCAGUAUUGCUUUGAGGAUGAUCCCAGCGUGCUCUACUUCUCUUGGCACCGCUAUGAGCAUCAGAAAUUCUGGCCUCAUCUGAGAGAUUCUGACUACGACAUUGUUGGCAAAGAGAAAGGGGCAGGAUUCAAUAUAAAUGUACCAUGGAACAAGUUGGGCAUGGAAAAUGGUGACUAUCUGUCAGUCUUCUGUCACGUUCUUCUGCCAGUUGCAUAUGAGUUUUGCCCAGACUUAGUCUUGGUGUGUGCGGGAUUUGACUCAGCCAUCGGUGACCCAGAGGGUGAGAUGUGUGCCACUCCAGAUGUCUUUGCCCAUCUGACUCACCUGCUGAUGAACCUAGCAGGAGGAAAACUGUGUGCUGUGCUGGAGGGGGGAUACAACUUGACUUCCCUCGUCCAAUCUGUGUGUCAGACAGUCCAGACAUUGCUUGGAGAUCCUGUGCCGAGACCUGCAAGCCUCAAAAGUCCCUGUAUAAGUGCACUUGAAUCUCUUCAGUGUGUCCGAUCAGCUCAUAAGGCCUACUGGUCGUGCCUCAAACAUGCAGCUGAUCUGCCCACCUCCACCAUCAGCACCAAACGGAUUAAAUUAGGAGAAGGAGAAGAAACGACAGAGAAGGGAGGAGAAGAAGAAAAGGACGCGGAGGAAAAGGUGUGGCCUGAGCCUCCAAAACACGUCACUCCUCCAGUAUGUGCUGCUUUAGUGCUCCCUGAUGACGUGGCUUGCCCGGAGGGAUGCGAACGCUUCAGCUUCUCAGAGGAUCUUGACCCACUCUUAGCCAGCAAGUUAAGGGAGAGUUUCCUCAGAGACACAGAUGACAGUACUGCUUUUAUAACCGUCUCCAGUCUUAUAGCCCUGACAGAGAAAAUGGAGAAGAAUGAGAUCUGCAGUGGCCUUGCACUGGUCCCUGACGUCACCAAGGCGAUGACAAGCAUUGUCCAGCACGUUACAACUGUUCUCAGCAACCGCGUUUUGGUCGUCUGUGUGGGUGACGGGAAUGUCCCAAGCCAUAUUACAGAAGACAGGGAAACACUUGUGGUGCAGGUGGGCAGUGCACAGACUGAGGAACAGAGCUGCAAAUAUUACAUUCGUGUGUGUCUGAAGAAGGGCUGCAGUGACACAUCAGGGUUCACACAGGCUGUGUUUGGCCUCCUCCUGCCCCUUGGGUAUGAAUAUGACCCCAGUCUUGUUGUGUUGGUUCGAAUGCCAGAUAGUGGAGUCAGUGACAGUUUGUGGCAACAACUAAUUGGCCUGCUGCAGAGCUUUGCACUUGGACACACACUGGUGGUACUGCAGGAGGAGGAGAAGGCGCUUAUCGGACUCACAGCAUCCUCCCUCCUCGGUAACCCAGCCGCCUCUUUGAAGCAACUUCAAGCCCCGCUAACAGAAGACAUGGAGGCCAUAGAGAGGCUGAGACACAGGCUGCAGGCAGACUGGAAAUUCCUUCAGACCACAGCACCACAAACUCAAAGAAGUGAUGAACACUGAGGAUGGAGGGUGUCAUGGACUUUUUGAUACUUUAUUUUUGGAAGUUCCACUUGGAUCAAAAUCCGUUUCACAGGAGACCUAGCCAAGUGCGAAGAGCUACAAGCUAAUGAAUUUUACAGCAAUAUAAAUUUAUUUAAGCAAUCACUGAUCAAAAUAGUUAUACUUUCUUUUUUUGUGUGCCAUUCACAUGAUUGAAUAGUUGACUGAUUUCUGCUGUAAAUUGAAAUCUUGUGUCUUGUAUAGCACACAUCAUGUAAUUUAACAUGAAGUUUUCAUAAGCAACUUUGAUAUUCUCUGUAAUAAAUGUUACAUUUGUAAAAGAAAA